GAUGAAGGAAAAUGGCAACACCCUCUUUAAGUCUGGUCGUUUCCGUGAGGCACAAACUGUAUACACAGAUGCACUAAAGAUAGAUGAGCUGAACAAGGACAUAAAUUCGAAACUUUUAUACAAUCGUGCAUUGGUAAACUCGAAAAUCGGUGCAUUGCGUGAUGCUAUCGCUGAUUGCACAAGAGUUUUGGAUAUCAAUUCACAAUAUCUGAAAGCUUUGCUUUUACGUGCGCGCUGCUAUAAUGACCUAGAGAAAUUCGAAGAGUGCGUGAAUGACUACGAAACUGCUUUGCAGUUUCAAAAAACUCCCGAAAUCAAGAAACUAUUGCGCGAUGCAAAACUUGCACUCAAGAAGUCGAAGCGUAAAGAUUACUACAAGAUCCUUGGUAUUUCUCGCAACGCAACCGAAGACGAAAUAAAGAAGGCAUACCGAAAGAAGGCAUUAGUGCACCAUCCGGACCGGCAUGCUAAUAGUAGUGCUGAAGAACGCAAAGAAGAGGAACUGAAAUUCAAAGAAAUUGGGGAGGCCUAUGCGAUUUUGUCAGAUCAACGGAAAAAAAUGCGUUAUGAUAGCGGUCAAGAUAUAGAGGAUCAAGAGCAAGAUUUGGAUCCAAAUCAAAUGUUCCGGCAUUUCUUCCAAUUUAGCAGUGGAACAGGACCCGGGGCAUCAUUCGGAUUUGAAUUUUAAAUUUUGCAUGGACACCUCACAUCACAACCACAAUCUUUUUCGUAGGAUAUUUGUCAACAAAGCAAGCGGCGGAGAUACAUUUGUGCAAAAGUUAAAAAUGAAACCAAAACCAAAUUGUUACCGUUGCUUGUCUUGUCGCAAAUUCGAAGGAAAUUUAAAACAAAAAUAAAAUUACCAACGUUUUAUGUAUUUUUAUUUAAAUAUAUAUUGAGUAUUACAAGGGUUUUGCAAUAGCGGUUAUCGAGAGAGCGAACCGAAUUAAAUUCUAGUUCAUUGUAGAAUUCCAGCUAUUAUAACUAAGCACAAUUCAUAUUCCGAUGGAAACAAGAGUUAUAGAAAAUUUUUGUAACAAAAAUUGUGGACGGUAAAUUAAAAGCAGUAAUACUGGAUACUUAACAACCAAAAUACAGUAAAGCAUUUUUGAUUCCCAAUUUAAACAUAUACAAUUUCAAUUUAUGUAUGUGAAUGUCUACUUGUUUAUAAUGUCAAUAAAAGAGUACAUCGAUGGACUUCAA